GUGAUAGCAAAAUUGACGGACUUUAGAGAUGUAAAUGUUGGUACACCAACAUACAUGGCGCCUAAUGUGUUAAACAUAAAGAAGAAAUGCAGAUAUCUUUUCUUUUGGCGUUACGUUAUUCGAAUGUGUAAUGUGGAAAGACCCAUUCCAAAGGAACGGUUUAUAAAAUUGCCAAAUUUAAACGACGGCACUUGA